UACUGUAAUGCUGCGCUGGAGAGGUCCGAUCGUCGUCCUGUGCUGCGCUCAUCCCAUUGGCUCACUCUCUCAAUGAAUGUGUAUACAAGGCAGAGCUGAGCAGUGUGCUCACUAAGUGCUCAGCACAGACAACGUCUGCACUUCCCAGGUAGCUCCACUUGCUGCCAAGCUCUAAACACAUCGGAAAACUUCCAGGCUACAGGGAAACUAUACUGGGGGCUAACAUGGACAGGAAUGAGCCUUUUAUAUGGAAUAACUGAGACUGCAAAGGGAAGGAGCAUCAGCAUCCUCUGGAUCCAUCAUUUGUCUUUUCUGGAUGAAGCUAAGAAUGAGGACUGUGAUCAGCAAGUGGUAAUCCUAACAUGCAUUUAGGACUUCCCUCUGCACCCUCACUGCAAUGGGAAAGCUUGAUCACGAGGGCACCAACUUGCCAGCCUCCCAUGCCUACUGACUGUGAUGGAAGAACUUGAUAGUAAUGUGAGGCCACAUGAGGGAUUCGGUGUGGGGGAGAAGAUAGUUCUCAUCACCUUCAUCUCAACAGUAAUUCUGAUGACCACUCUCGGUAACCUUCUAGUGAUGGUGGCCGUAUGCCGGGAUAGGCAAUUGAGGAAAAUAAAAACCAAUUACUUCAUUGUGUCACUUGCAUUUGCUGACUUACUGGUGUCAGUAUUAGUGAUGCCAUUUGGAGCCAUUGAGUUAAUCCAGGACAAGUGGAUUUAUGGGGAGAUGUUCUGCUUAGUACGGACCUCACUUGAUGUUCUCCUAACCACAGCUUCUAUCCUGCACCUCUGCUGUAUUUCACUAGACAGAUACUAUGCUAUCUGCUGCCAGCCUCUGGUUUACAGGAACAAAAUGACCCCUCUGAGGAUAGCAUUGAUGCUUGGUGGUUGUUGGAUUAUCCCAACAUUUAUUUCAUUCCUCCCAAUUAUGCAAGGAUGGAACAGCAUAGGCAUUCUGGACUUGAUAGAAAAGAGAAAAUUCAGCAAAGACUCAAAUUCAACAUAUUGUAUUUUUAUGGUGAACAAGCCCUAUGCUAUAACAUGUUCCGUGGUAGCUUUUUACAUUCCAUUUCUCUUGAUGGUGCUUGCUUACUAUCGAAUUUAUGUCACAGCGCGAGAACAUGCCAGGCAGAUUGGAGUAUUACAGCGGGCAGGAGCGCCAGCAGACCAUCGACAUCAUCAUCCUGAUCAGCACACCACUCACAGGAUGAAGACAGAGACCAAAGCUGCUAAGACAUUGUGCAUUAUAAUGGGCUGUUUUUGCCUGUGCUGGGCACCAUUUUUUAUCACCAAUGUCAUUGACCCUUUCAUAAACUACAGUGUACCAGGGCAGCUUUGGACAGCUUUUCUCUGGUUAGGCUAUAUUAAUUCAGGGUUGAACCCUUUCCUCUAUGCCUUUUUGAACAAGUCUUUCAGGCGUGCCUUCCUCAUCAUUUUGUGCUGCGGAGAUGAGAAGUACAGAAGGCCUUCCAUACUAGGGCAAACCGUCCCCUGUUCAACCACAACAAUUAAUGGAUCCACACAUGUUCUGAGAUAUACAGUUCUAUAUAAUGGACAUCACCAGGAGCAAGACAAACUUCCUAUCCAUAUUGAUCCAGAGUCACAAGAAUCUUGUUUUUAGUUAGCAGCAUACAAACCCGAAGCCCAAAUUGGUGGAAUCCAAAGCUAAAGCCAAGCAUAUGACGUUAACAUCCUGUUAUUAAUUCGCCUAACUGUAGAGGUGGAAUCAAAGUCAAUUGCAGAAUUACAAUGUAUUACAUCUGAGGUGGAGUUCAUUGAAGACCAUGCAUAUUUUCUCUCCAGAAGCUUUUGUUCCACACUACUAUUCAGACAAAUGUUCUCCAAACACCUCGGUCAGACAAUCCACAUAUUCUGUUUGCUACAAUAAAUUUUCUAUACUAAUGCUUAGAGGUUUAUACUUGUAGCGUAAGAUUGUGAAGGCCAAUGAGAAUCCUAAAUUGGGUGUGCCUGAACCUACACAGGAAUACCAACCAAAGACUGGAGGCUGGAUAAUCAGAAGGUUUAUGUUUUUAUAUGUAAAAUAAAAUAUAUACAUAUAUGUAUUGUGUGUAUACAAGUAUGCACAUGUAUACUUCCCAGUGCCUAAUCUUAAGGGUAACUGUAAUACAGGCAUUGUGUCUACAGAGAUCAGACAGGAGAACAUCCAUUAUUGUGUAUUAUAUGGUGUAUCUGCAUGUACCUUUUUCAGCCUGACAUCAUUCAUGUUAAAUUGGUGGGUAAGAUGGCAUUCCCAUCAUUUAUGCUUGUACAGUUUGGCUGAUCAGCAAUUGUUUCAUCUGCAGUAUCUUCCAAGAGCUUCCGUGUUCUUUGUUUAAAAAAAAAAGCAGCAAAAAUAGGUCCGUGAUUAUUUAAAGGUCAGUUUGACUUCCACAAAAAAA